CGCAUCUUCUCAAACAAAACUCACACACUCUCAAAGCGUCAACUCCAAUACUGCAACACAAGAAAAUUAUCACUGAAGAUAAGCAAAGAAAGGCAAGAAAAGAGUUAAAGAUAUCGACAUUUUAGCAAAAAGGUAAGAAAAAUUGUUUUCAUACAUACUUUGUAAAACAAAGAAGUUACUGUUUUGGGGCACUUUUUCACUAUUUUGGGACCUCUUUAAGGAAAUUUAAAUUACGACAAAAAGUUAACAUAUAGAGAACUCGAAUGCCUUUCUUCCUGUAAUUUAGUUCAGUAGAACAACAGUUUAUACGAAAAAUACGUAGAACAUACUUCAAAUGACAAACGAUAGAGAGCAGAUGUGCCGGAUUUCGAAAUGUAACCGUUUUUAACUGUCUUUGGUUAUCACGUAGUUGUUGUGGAAAUCAUUUACUUAUCAGUUUUUGCGCUAGAGCGGCACAAUUAUCAACUGCGAAAAAACGUACAACGGGUGUUUUACAACAGAUAUUAAUUAAACCAAACUUGAAAACAACCAAAUAUCUUGCAUAACACUAAAUCAAACUAAAUAUCUUUCAUCACAAUUUUGACUUCAUCUAUCAAGCUGUAUCUUUUUAACAGCCGAAAAUUAGCCGUUAUGUAAAAAAAAACCGCAUUUGCAAUGAAGCAAGAUCAGACAGCCAUGCACGAUCAUUUUCUCGGCUUUGAAAAAUGAACAUGACAGGCGCUUUAUUAUAUUUUAAAGUUUAAUUCUUGACGUACGCAUCCUUUUCAUAUUGUUUCCACAAAACAAAUAUCGCCUCUAUAGCUUUCAACGCUGUCAGAUUCAUUUGCACUGCACUUACGCCACUUAAACGGUUGUUUGCAUGCCGAGUCAUUUUCAUUAAAAACGAUAAUUUUAUGAGGUACAGUAAUAUGUUUGUCAAGCUAAUUAUAAACGCUUUGAUUUUCAGACUUCUAUAUAGCUAAGCGCAAAUGCUGUUAUUGCGCCACAUUGUAAUUUUCUCCGUAAACAACAGUCGUCGUGUCAGAGUCUUUCCUUGGACUGGAUCGUUUUCAUUGAACCAAUCAACGUCAAAUAAGAUUCUAUUCGACUCAAAAAUCAUUGAGCAUGGUACUUCAGUUUGAGAAGCUUUUCUUUCAGAAACAGAAAUAAUGUCAUCUUGUUUUACUGAUGUCUGUAAUUCGAUCAUACUUUUUUCUGUUUUCUUGCAAUAGACAAUGAUAUAAUGCGAAAAAUGUGCACCUCAAUUACCAGUAAAGCUACAGACAUCGACCGCGAAAAUAUUGCUAACCAAAAUCAUGCUAUACCCGUAUACGUAUACCGAAACCGGGGUAUCUUAACCUCUCUAUUAUCAAUAUAAAUGCGGGCUUUAUGAAUGGGUUAUUGGGUCAAAAUAAAUGCGCACAAAAAAUCUGACAACCAUGUAAAACGAUCAUUUGGUUUUCAAGACUGAAUUUUUUAUACUAAAUCUGAUCUCUCUAAUAUAAUUUUCUAGAUAUGAAGCUGUUGUUAGUUCUCUUGGUCGCUUUUACGGUUGCUGUCGAUGCCUUAAAAUGUCCCCCGGAAAUAUGGGGAUGCAUGCGCGGCUUGAGAAAGAAAUCAUACAAAAGUAAACAUCAACACAGCAAAGUAAAACUCCGAGUUCAGCGAGAUGAUGGCGCAGCAAGCUGGCGCAAGUUGCGUGAAGAUUUGCUCCAAAACAAUGUUCCCUGCUUGACAGAUGAUGCAGAAUGUCGAGCAAAGAUACAAGAGCUCUGGGAACGAGCGCGAGACGAAGGAACCAGUGAUAGAGCGAUGGACGAAAAGCGACAACUGGAUUGUCCCUUUGGGGUAUGGGGAUGUAAGAAAAGGGAAUUUCGACGAGUUCUUCGCAAAGAAAAACCAGCAAAGCGCGAGUGUGCCCCCGGAGAAUGCGAUAAUGGAGAUAUGAAUGACUUCAUUGAAGAACUAUUUACGGAAUCUUAAAAAAACCGCAGGAAUUGGAAAAACAAAGAUGUUGUGAAGAAACCACAGGAUUAAUACAGUAAAUAUAGAAUGAACAACCUCGCUUGUGCUGCGUAACAUUGACAAAUGAAAAAAUGUUAAAUAAAAAGGUUGAAAAUCUGUAAGAAAGACUAUUUAUUUCCAUGUACUCACAGAUUUAAGUUAUUAAGAAAAAUAUUUCGUCGCUGAUGAUAUACAGUUAUUUAUAGAGCUACAAUUAAACUAUUAUUU